AUGCUCAACCCGGACGACUCCACGUCUCCGAUGCCUUUGAAAGGAGGUAUUUCGGGCGUGUCAGAAGGUGACGCCGAGAUCUGCGUGUCGCACAGCGAUGCGUCGCCGCGUCGUCGGAUCAAAAUGUCAGCCAUUACACUUCGGCGACGCCGAGACGGCGAAGAGGACAAGGGCAAUGUGUUCUGGAACGCCGUGACGGUGCUGAGUGUCUUGUCGCUCGACCGAGUGCAACAAGUGAACCUCAUCAGUAUGUCGAUUGACAAGAUCUUUUCCGUCGUGUCCGAAGAGAAAACGACCAUCUACCUCCACAACACUAGCAAAGCCGCCUUCAAUUACGAAGACCACGUCCUAACAAUUGGACGUGUCAAGUCUGCUGCCGACGACGACCUGCCGUAUUAUGGCCUUAAUGUGUACCACAACGGCACGAUCAAAUGGUUCAUGCGCAUGCACGUGACGUGUCCGACGGUGGGCACUAUGUCGUUUCAACAGCCCUUGCGACUUGAAGUGGUCGGCGGCGACCUGCAUCUCAUGACCGGCCAGGCUACCGGAGACGAUGCGUCGACAUCCCCCGUCGGAAAUGUCUUUAUCAACGCCCUCAGUUCCAGGGGAUCGAUUCAGUUGAACGCGGAAUCGUGGCUACUGCCCGUGCAAGUGGGGGAACAUGUGUCUUGGCGGCGAUGUCGGUGGCCGUUGGAGCUGCCGACGCGACCGCGUUCAUUUAAGUACAAGCCCAACGUUGUUAACGCGAGUGAUUUCGUGGUCGAUGUCAAUGCUACCGUGACCGUGACGGCUCCCCACGUUGACGUUGUGACGGCAGCAGGCAGAGGGACAAGUUUAUCGUUGGCUUUGAUUUGGUUGACACGUAUGGUUGGCGACGAAGUCGAGGCAAGUCGGUUCACAACAUCAUUACUGGCGCUGGGUAACGUUCCCAGCACCGGUCUGUUCGAAUUUGACUUGGCAGUUCACGGUCUGCGCGCUGAAAUGGACGAGUUGAACGACGUCGAGACGUUGCUCCUUCAUAUGGCAAAGUGCCAAGUGGUGCGACAAACUCGCAGUCUAGCGAAGGAAGAAGGCGUGGAGGUGAAGGUCGUCGUCGUCGAAGCCACGGUGGACGUAGACGAGUGGCAUUGCCUCGACGAUGAUGAAGCGAUAGCUCCGACGUUAUAUGGUCGGUCCAUCGUUCAGUUUCAAGGGGAGGUUGCCUUGUCAGCCACGCAUUCUGUUGAGUGUGCCUCGAGAUUGCGUCGAAACCGUGGCUUGACGCCAGCCAUUCAUUCACUGACGUACGAUUGA